AUGGAGGUUACAGAUAAUGAGCUGUUCCAAAGGCUCUCCGCUGCAAUCGCAAAGAUACACUCGGGCCCUCCACCUGCUGAUGUCCUUCCGUCCACGACUACAUUGAAUGACGCUCGCUCCAAGCUUCAGCCUCACCUCCCCAGCCAAGGUGUCGGGCUCGAAGAGAGCAUACGUCACCUACAAGAGGACCUCGCUCCAGCAUUUAAUGGCUCUUCUCGCUCGCCAAAUUACUACGGCUUUGUGACAGGUGGCACGACACCAGCAGCACUCCUUGCCGACAAUCUGGUCUCAGCAUACGACCAGAACGUACAAGUCCAUCUGCCAAAUGAGACCAUCGCCACCGACGUAGAGGACCGAGCCCUUUCUCUACUCUGUGAAUUGCUCGACUUCGAACCAGAGCAAUGGCCGCAUCGCAUAUUCACUACGGGCGCGACAUCAGCGAACAUCCUAGGUUUGGCAUGCGGACGAGAGUACGUGAUUGCUGAGGCCUCAGCGCACCGUACAGAUGCAGAGAUUAGCGUUGGUGAGCUUGGUAUUGUUGAAGCUAUGCGGAGUGCCGGGAUUGACGAUAUUCAAAUAUUGACUACGGUACCGCACUCAUCGCUAGGAAAAGCGGCGGGCAUACUAGGCCUUGGGCGGACGAGCGUCAAGUGUCUGGGGCAGUCAGAAGCACCACACAGGUUUGACAUGCAGCUGCUCAAGAAAUCACUCGAGCAGCCUGGUGCAGCGUCUAUCGUUGCCGUCUCUGCAUCGGAAGUUAACACGGGAGUCUUCGCAACCUCAGGGCUAGAAGAGAUGGAAGAGAUACGAAAGCUGUGCGAUAUGUAUGGGGCGUGGAUACAUGUCGAUGGCGCAUUUGGGCUCUUCGGCCGCCUGUUGACAUCACCGACUUACUCUUCGAUCGCCCAGGCUUGUGGAGGGCUCAACCUUGCAGACUCAAUCACAGGCGAUGCACACAAGCUGCUUAAUGUACCAUAUGACUGUGGCUUCUUUCUCUCUCGGCACCGUAAUAUCGCUGAACGCGUAUUCCAAAAUCCCAACGCUGCAUACCUGGCUUCUGGGAACGAUGCGAACGCCAUCAUGUCACCACUUAACAUCGGACUCGAGAACUCCCGGCGCUUCAGGGCGUUACCAGUCUACGCCAAUCUUGUUGCGUAUGGUAGAGAGGGUUAUCGUACGAUGUUGGAACGGCAGGUAGAUCUCUCACGAGGAAUCGCAAGAUACAUCCUGGAAAGCGAUGGAUAUGAGCUCCUACCUAAGAGCAGUGCUUGCCAUGAAGAUAUCUUGAAGGGAAUUUAUAUCAUCGUACUGUUUCGUGCAGUAGACGAAGAAUUGAACAAACAGCUGGUCAAUAAAAUCAAGGCCACGAGGAAGAUAUAUGUAUCAGGUACAGCGUGGGAUGGAAAGCCAGCGUGUAGGUUCGCAGUCUCAAAUUGGAUGACAGAUGUUAAGAGGGAUUUGCCCAUCAUCAAGCAAGUGUUGCAAGAUGUAGUAUUGGGGAAAGAGAGUAAAUAG